UCAAGUACUCGUUCUCCAGUUGCAUACAGUAGAAAGCAAGAAGUAGAAUAUCAAUAAAUAAAUAUAUAUAAAUAAAUAAAUAUAUAAAUAAAAAUGGCAGACGAAGAUGUAAAUGGUGAUUCAGACGAACAACAAGAAAAGUCACAAAAAAAAGUCGCUAAAUAUGACAGCGGGGCUGCGGACUUGGAAAGAGUUACUGACUACGCUGAGGAAAAAGAAAUUUCUUCAUCUGAUGGCUUUUCAUGUGCAUUAAGUAUAAUUGGAGACAGGCGUAAUAAAGAACAGGCUGAAAAAAAAGCUAAGGAACGAGAAUUACUAAAAGUUUCUAUCAAAAAAGAGGAUGUCGAUUUGAUUAUGAAAGAAAUGGAAAUAAGUAGAAGUAGAGCCGAAAGAACUCUAAGAGAACACCGAGGGAAUGUCGUCGACGCUUUGGUGACGCUGACAAAUUAAUAACCAAAUAAAUAACUCAAUAUAAAAAUUAAUUAAGUUAAUCACCAGCUAUUUAAGCCCUAGCCAAGUUUAAUUAAUAAACUUUGUAUAAAAAAAUAAAAUAAAAAACGAAAAUAUCAUCGGCAACAAAAAAUCUCA